GUCAGGUAGUUGCAUAUGGCAUCUCGUUGACCAAAACAGAAGAGCUUGUCUGUUCAAUCUUACCAUCCAUCAGGAUGAGCUUAGGAAGUUCAUCGGUAGUAGUCGUGCCUUUGGUUCACGAAUUGGUCAAAGAAAACAUCACUGAAAUCCCCAAUCGAUACAUUCGUACUACUAGUUGUCUUGAUCAUGAAUAUCAUCACAGUGAUGGCGCUUCUAAGUACGACAUACCUGUUAUCGACGUAGACGGGGGCUUACUCUCUGGAGAAUCAGUAUUGGCAGAUUCUGAACUACACAAACUUCAUUCUGUUUGCCAACACUGGGGCUUUUUCCAGGUGGUGAACCAUGGAAUUAGCUCUAUACUGAUUGACCAAUUAAAAUCGGAAAUACACAACUUGUUUCAACUUCCAUUAGAGGAGAAAACCAAGAUAUGGCGUGAAGCAGGAGAAAUGGAGGGAUUUGGGCAAAAGUUUGUUGUUUCAGAUGAGCAGAAGCUUGACUGGUCAGACACAUUCUCCAUAACAGCUCAACCAAUUAAAAUGAGAAAGCCUCAAAUAUUUGCUGGGAUGCCAUUACUACUAAGGGAGGCUUUGGAAGCUUACUCUUUGGGAUUAAAAAAUCUGACGAUGAUUCUACUAGGGAAAAUGGCUGAGGCUCUAAAGAUGGAUUCUGAUGAGAUAGAAGAGUUAUUCAAUGAUUGUACCCAGAGAAUGAGAAUGAAUUACUAUCCUCCUUGUCCCAAGGCAAAGCAGGUCAUAGGUUUAUCACCACACUCAGAUGCUGCUGCUUUGAGUAUCGUCCUUCAGCUCAACCAAACUGAAGGCCUUGAGAUUCGUAAAGAUGGAAAAUGGGUUCCUGUAAAACCCAUCCCUGGAGCACUUAUAGUCAAUCUCGGAGACAUGAUUGAGAUUCUGAGCAAUGGUGCAUAUCCAAGUAUUGAGCACAGAGUAAUGGUGAAUCCAACAAAAGAGAGGCUUUCAAUUGCCACAUUCCAUUCAACCAAUCCAGGUUCUGAGUUCGGCCCUGCACCUUGCUUGAUUGAUCCACCACAUAAACCAGCACUAUUCCGAAGAGAGACUGAGAAGAAAUACUAUGAAAAUUUCUUUGCUAAAACACUUAAUGGAAAGACCACUAACCUCGAUUUCAUGAGGAUUAAUACUGAAAAUGGUAACCGGUCCAGUUGAUUGUUAUCAUGGUAUUGCUAGUUUGGUAUCUGGUUGUAAUUUGUUUGGCUAUUUUAAGUUCGGAUUUUUAUGUUUGAUCCGUGAAUAAAAAAUUCCAAAAAUGUGCAUAUGUACAUCUAUUUUCCCUUGUAGACUUGUAGAACUAUCAAACUUGCAAAUUGAAACAAAUUGAAAAUGAGUUGAGUUCUUCAUUA